GAGCGCAAGUCGGUGCCCGGCUCCUACAAGGAUCCGUACGGAGGGUCGGGCGGGAGCUACACGUCGCGGAAGGAGGCCGAAGCCAUGCUGCCCGCGGAGCCCUUCGGGUCGCUGGAGCGCCGCACCGGGCAGACGUACAGCGAGCGGGUGGAGGCCUACCACCAGCGGUACGCCUACAUGAAGUCCUGGGCCGGCCUGCUCAGGAUCCUCUGCGUGGCCGAGCUCCUGCUGGGUGCCGCCGUCUUCGCCUGUGUCACGGCCUACGUGCACAAGGAUAACGAGUGGUACAACAUGUUCGGGUACUCGCAGCCCUACGGCUACGGGGCCGGUAACACCUACGGAGGCCACCCCUACCUGGUGCUGGGCAUGUCCAUGUACUACCGGACUAUCCUCCUCGAUUCCAACUGGUGGCCUCUGACCGAGUUCGGAAUUAACUUGGCCUUGUUCUUUCUGUACAUGUCGGCUGCCAUAGUGUACGUAAAUGAUACCAACAGAGGUGGGCUCUGCUAUUACCAGCUGUUUAAGACGCCGAUAAAUGCGUCUUUUUGCCGUGUUGAGGGAGGUCAGACAGCAGCAAUCAUCUUCUUGUUUGUCACGGUGAUCAUCUAUCUAAUUAGCGCGGUGGUUUCUCUGAAGUUAUGGAGGCAUGAAGCAGCUAGGAGGCACAGAGAAUUAAUGGAGCAGGAGAUGAAAACACAGUCCGCUUUUGCAGAAAAGAAGUAUGAGAGUGAUGACAGACCAAAAGAAGAGGUCACUUACGGGCAGCUUAAAUCGGUGGAAAGAAAACCGGAACUACUUAAUGGUCAUAUACCCGCAGGCCACAUUCCUAAACCUAUAGUGAUGCCAGACUACUUAGCGAAAUACCCAGCCAUUCAAACAAAUGAAAUGCGAGACAGGUACAAAGCAGUAUUCAAUGAUCAGUUUGCUGAGUAUAAAGAACUGUCAGUAGAAGUUCAUGCUGUAUUAAAAAAAUUCGAUGAGCUGGAUGCAUUGCUGAGACAGCUUCCUCACCAUCCUGAAAGCAUACAUGAACAGGAAAGGAUAUCAAAAGUUCUGCAAGAAUACAAGAAGAAGAAAAAUGAUCCUGCAUUUCUGGAGAAAAAGGAGCGUUGUGAAUACCUAAAGAAUAAGCUUUCUCACAUUAAACAACGAAUUCAGGACUAUGAUAAAGUUAUGAAUUGGAAUGUAAAAACUUAG